GCCUGGCGGCCCCGCCCGAGCCGGCCGCCUCCCGGCGCGUGCAAACUAGUGGCAGUUGGUGCGGCUCGGCUGCCGCCCCGCCGCCCGCCCGCUCCCGGCGCCUCAGCGCGGCACGCAUGCCAAGGCCCGGCGGCGCCAGGUUGUCUUCUGAAUAUUGGGUCUGAAGGUACCCUCUUGCUUUGUCAGCAAAUCAUGGACAUCGUUGGCUUUCUGAAGUCUCAAUUCAUUUGCCAUCUUCUGAUCUGCUACAUAUUUAUAGUGUCAGGACUGAUCAUUAACUUCAUUCAACUCUUUACACUUAUACUUUGGCCAAUCAACAAGCAACUGUUCAGGAGGAUCAACUGCAGGCUGGCUUACUGCAUAUCAAGCCAGAUGGUGAUGCUGUUGGAAUGGUGGUCAGGCACCGAUUGCACCCUCUACACUGACCCAGAGAGUUACCACAAAUAUGGGAAGGAGAAUGCCAUCGUAAUCCUUAAUCACAACUUUGAAAUCGACUUUCUCUGUGGUUGGAACUUCUGUGAAAGAUUUGGGGUCUUGGGGAGUUCCAAAGUGCUUGCAAAGAAGGAGCUCUCCUACAUGCCUGUCAUUGGCUGGAUGUGGUAUUUCCUAGAGAUAGUCUUCUGCAAGCGUAAGUGGGAGGAAGAUCGGAAAACAGUCAUGCAGAAGUUGCUGAAUCUCCGGGACUACCCUGAAAACUUUUGGUUCCUGAUUCAUUGCGAGGGCACAAGGUUCACAGAACAGAAGCACCAGAUUAGCAUGCAGGUAGCCGAAGCCAAAGGCCUGCCCAAGCUCAAGUAUCACCUACUGCCACGAACGAAAGGAUUUGCUGUCACCGUGCAGUGUUUGAGAAAUGUAGUUUCUGCUGUCUAUGAUUCUACUCUCAAUUUUAGAAAUAACGAGAAUCCAACAUUGCUGGGAGUUCUAAAUGGAAAGAAGUAUCAUGCAGAUUUAUAUGUAAGGCGGAUUCCACUAGAGGAAGUCCCAGAAGAUGAGCAGGAAUGUUCUAACUGGCUCCACAAACUGUAUCAAGAAAAGGAUGCAUUCCAGGAAGAGUACUACCAAAGAGGAACCUACCCAGCUGUUCCUAUCAUACCACCUCGACGACCAUGGACGCUUUUGAACUGGCUUUUCUGGGCCUUAUUGCUGCUAUAUCCUUUAUUCAAGCUGCUCAUCAACAUGAUCAACAGUGGAUCAUCACUGACAUUGGCUAGUUUUGCAUUUGUCAUUGUGAUGGCUUCUGUUGGUGUCAGAUGGAUGAUAGGUGUUACAGAAAUUAACAAGGGCUCCACCUAUGGCAACAAUGACAACAAGCAGAAACAAAAGUAGCAUCUUCAGAGACUGCUUCAAUCCAAAGGGAACAAAUGCAACUUCUGAAAACUCUUAAGUGCAUAUCAUGGUCCUUCAAGCGAGAUCAGAGGAAGGGCAGGAUGAGCAAUUGCCAUGCGUAUCUGAAUUUGCGCUCCUUGUUAUUUUUUUCUCUGGGGGUUUGGGCUGGAUGAAAUGCUUGACAGAUGCACUCCUUUGUAUACUCUCCACAACAGGUUUGCAUUUGUUUGGUUGGUUUGUUUUCCUAUAAAGUGUCUUGAAGUUUUGAAGAAAAAAAAUAAUAAAAAUUCCAGUGUGCUUGUAUGGUUAAGAUUGUACCUGGAAACUAACCACAGGUGCAGGCUUUAUCUUAACUUGCUCUAAGGAAUGAAUACGUGUCAGAAGAAUGUUACAAGAUGAUUAAAACUGAUAGUGGUGUACAUCACACGUUAACAGUUUAACCACCAUAAAUACAGUAAGAUGUUCCGCUUGGUUAUACCAGUAUUGGACUGAGGCAGCUCUGCUGAACUGGCAGAACCGCAGUAGAGUUUUUCUACAUCUAGAACUUACUCCACAGUGUGUACCAACCACAUGGGCCCUUUAAAACUUCAGCCAGACCCCAGACAUCCAGACACUGGAGCCUUGCAGUGGCAUAACCUGGACUGGAAUUUGGCCUUGUGGCUUGAGCACAGCUAAGUUACCCACUGCGACAUCCUUCCCCAGGCAAUACAUCAGAGAGAUAGCUGAAACCUCUAAUUCUUUCGAGAGCAAAUGCCAUUUAUAGUUUGGAAAAACUGAGGUAAUAAAAUUCCUUUCAGCUUUAAACACCGAUUAAAAUUCCCAACAAUGGUGGAAACAAAACAACUGGGUAUGCUGUAACCAAGUAAGCGCUAAGCGUGCUUUGGAAGUUAUGCCCCGCUCCCAUACUGUUGUGAUCCCAACUGAUCUGCUUGUCUGUCUUUUCUGAUAAAUUAGUUUACAUGGUGCCUCAAAACAGUCAGCCUGAGGUAACAGUUAAAUGAUCUUCUGCUUUUCUUUCGGGGAGAAUAGGGGAAAUAGGAGAGAGACCUAGGACAGUGGUAUGGCUUAAGAGUUUUUUAUGGCUGUCUGGGCUCGCUUUGAAACCCUUCUGAAUUAAAUGAAAAUAGAAUCAAGCUCCUUGGGAAAACUGCGUUGCUCUGACAUCCCCAGUACUGAUUCCCAGGCAGCCUCCACUUGUUUUUAAACUGCAGGAGUUAAGGAUGUGGAAGUUACUAAAAAGAGCUUGUUUAAGAAAAUUAAAAAGAGGGGACCUUCCAACUGCCAGCAGUUAUGACUAAAAAAAAACCCCAGCUUUAAAAAUCUAAAGAUACUGAGGCUGAGCAGUGGGAAUCAGGACCAGCACGUUCAGCGGCGGUACAUUUUCAUUGCACAUAGGACUAAACCGUGAGAGUCUAGGAAUGAACAGCCUAUGGAAUAAACCACCUACAUGUCUCCAAAGAAGAAAGUGAGCAGUCUUAGUUCUAACAGUUGGUACAAAAAACCAUUCUUCUUGUAAUAAAACCAAGGCCAGGAGAAACGGGCUAACAGCAGAAUACGAGUAAUUCCAUGAAGUAUGCAUUUGCUGUUCAGUGCAUCUGAUCAUCUAGAAACUAGUCUUUGUAGUAUGCAGCACCUGAAGAGCAGGUAGAGUAGUACUAUAAGUAAAAGUUUUUUGAGUGUGGGGGCAGUAAAACAUACACUGUGAAGGAAGGAAAAGGCCUUGGGAAGUGUGAGGGACUAGGUUUGGGGGGCUUUUCCCCUCACCCAUCUUACGUACUCAUACAUUCCCCAUGCUCUGAACCUUUCUAGAAUAGACUGUAUGAUGUCAUGAAUGUAAAACAUGGGCUUCAGCGUAGCUCUUCCAACACAUGGAACAGAGCCUGAAAUCAGAAAAUACUGCCAUGCUUACAGAGCUGUUCUUUCAAUAAAGCACGUGCCCUGCACUCUAUCUACUAAAACAAUCUUAACAGCGGAAAACUGAGUAUUAUAACCUGUAGUAGUGCCUGAAGGUCCAGCUAUCCUGUAGUAAUGCAUCAGGCAUGUUAAUGAGCCAGACCUGAAGACACAAUACCCAAGACACUAAAAAAACAUGGUGGGGGUGGGAGAGAGAAAAAAACCUGUCCAAGCAGCAUUUUGAUGCCUUACCUGGUGGAUACGGUGGGCUUUUCUUAAGGUGGUAGAAUGAACCCUGUACGCAAGGGUGAGUAGCUCUGAGCAGCAGAUACAUAUUCAUGUAGUGAUAGAAGUCGCUUUUUUGCCUUUUUAAAGAGCCACUGAUUUAACACGCUGGUAGGGAGAUGUUCAGCACUCCUUACGAAUCGUAGACCUUUCUUCCAGCUGCAUGCAGUGCCACUUCACCCAGAGGAAAAUACCAAACAUGUAAAUACUUCUGAAAGAGUAUUUAGACUAUUUCUUACUCAUUCCCCUGGGACCAACCCUUAGAACAGGCCGAGGGCCUUAACAUGCCACUCCCAGAUCCGUCCUCCCAAGCACUUCCAGAAGUUCUGGCAUACCAGGACUGCAGCACUGGGCCCUUCCAGUGUUCACUGGCAAACAGAAAGAUUCAUGGUACUUGCCAAAGUUAAACUAGUCCAGGUCACUGUACUAAAAGAAUGACAUAAGUCAUUAGGAAGCAGUGUUUGCCCCUUGUCCCCACAAGCAACUGUAUGUUCUACAACUGCCUUAACGAAAGUAGUCUUAACGUUUGUUUAUACAAAAAUAAAAGUAUAAAAAAGCUGA